UUAUUAGCGAAAUCUUUUUUUUUUUUUCAGAGAAUAUGACGUAAUCCUCUUUACAUGCAUCAUUGCCGAAAACGUUUGGAUUUGUAGAUGUAUAUAAUUAUUAUGACAGAUAUUUCCGUGAACGCGCCUCGACCGACGCCGGUGACGCGCGUCAUGUGUAUGCGCGCUCUCGGCAUCUCUGCACAUGUGUUUCACUCACAGCAUCACAGACAGACAACUGAAGCGCAUCUCCUCAUCAUCACUGCAAUUAAAGCGUUCAGCCUUCUUCAGAUGAUGAUGAUGAUGAAGAAGAAGAACUGACGCGCAGCUCUGCACGAGAGACAUCAGGAGCCUGCUGGAGAGGUUUGGCGGCAUGGCAGAUUAAUGGCUUUGGAGCAGUACCACCCAUCAACCCCACUGUAACACAUCCCCACCAUGGGGGACCGGCUGGGCCGCCCGACCCCUCUGUUAUCUCGUGGACGUACGUUCGGAUGGUCCUCCUCCAGCAACAGCCUCAAACUGAACGGCCAUGACUUCCAGCACAGCCCUGAGGAGGCAGCAUCGCCCAGCAGCGCUUCCCUCGCCGCGGCACACUCUCCUGUUUCACUGGAACCUGAGCCCGUGGUGAAUAAUGAAUCAAACACACCCGUCUCUUCAGGUGGACGCACAAAGGAGCCACCGGCGCACAGCGAGCGCUGCCAGCCCCUCUCCAUCUCCACCGCCGCCCGCUUCACGCACAGCCCUUACCACGCCAAGACUAGCAUGCAGGGCGAUGUGUACAACUUCCUAGAGAGACCCGCCGGCCUGAGGUGCUUCCUGUAUCACUUCCUGGUGUUCCUCAUGGUCCUAGUGUGCCUGAUAUUCAGCGUCCUGUCCACCAUUGAGCAGUAUGCAGACUUCGCAACAGGAUCUCUCUUCUGGAUGGAGAUCGUGCUGGUGGUGUUUUUCGGGACAGAGUACGUGGUCCGGCUGUGGUCGGCCGGCUGUCGGAGCAAAUAUGUGGGCAUUAAAGGCCAUCUGCGGUUCAUCAGGAAACCCAUCUCCAUCAUAGGUAUCUAUUGUCUCGUCGCCUCUGUCGUGGUUCUGAGCGUCGGGUCCAAUGGGCAGGUGUUCGCCACAUCCGCAAUCAGAGGGAUCCGGUUCCUCCAGAUCUUGCGGAUGUUGCAUGUGGAUCGUCAGGGUGGAACAUGGAGGCUUCUGGGAUCAGUGGUUUUCAUUCAUCGGCAGGAGCUGAUCACCACGCUGUACAUCGGGUUCCUGGGUCUGAUCUUCUCGUCGUAUUUUGUGUAUCUGGCAGAGAAGGACGCAGUAGACGAGGAGGGGAAGACGGGGUUUUCUAGCUAUGCUGAUGCUCUGUGGUGGGGUGUGGUUACGGUGACUACGAUAGGCUACGGAGACAAAAUCCCUCAGACGUGGAUUGGGAAGGCCAUCGCCUCCUGCUUUAGUGUGUUUGCGAUCUCCUUCUUCGCUCUGCCUGCGGGCAUUCUGGGAUCUGGUUUUGCUCUUAAAGUCCAGCAGAAACAGAGACAGAAGCAUUUUAACCGGCAGAUUCCAGCCGCAGCAUCUCUAAUACAGACGCUGUGGAGGUGCUACGCUUGCGAGAAGUCAGACAGCUGUACGGCUACAUGGAAGAUGUAUGUGCUGACGGGCGACUACAUCCCCAUCAUACACUCAGAAAACUCCAGCCCGGGCAACUUCAGACGGCUGAGCAAGCGGUACAAACGGAAGCCGAAGGUCACGCGUGAUAACGGUUCUCUGGGUCCCGGAGGAGAACGCGCCGUCUCCAUCCCACAGAUCACCUACGACCACAUCGAUGAUAAAGACGGCGUCUUUACAGAGGAGUCCACAGACCGCCAGCGCUCAUGGUCGGCUUUUGCUCUCAGCUGUCCUUCUUCUCCAGUUAAGAAAAAACUGGAUGGCCCUGAUAUCUCACGAAACAACAGCUUGGUGGAUGAACUGGACUUCAUGGCUGAAGACAUCUCUUUGCCGAUUGUUACAGAUGCUUCACAUCUGUUAAGAAGGCCGUUUGUGGCAAAGGAGGAAGAAUCAGUCUCUACUCAGCACCUUAAUACAACCAGACUUUCCCACGCGCACAGAUCUGGCAUCAAGGUCAUAAGACGGAUGCAAUAUUUUGUGGCUCGACGGAAAUUUCAGCAAGCGAGGAAACCGUACGACGUGCGGGACGUGAUCGAGCAGUAUUCCCAAGGCCACCUGAACAUGAUGGUCCGCAUCAAAGAGCUCCAGAGAAGGUUGGAUAACACGUUGGGAAAACCGGGAAUAUUCCUGCCAGAGAAAGGUGUGGAUAAGGAACACUAUACGGUGGGAGCCCGGCUCAUCCGAUUGGAAGAUAAGGUGCUUCAGAUGGACGUGAAGUUGGAGAACGUCCUGAAGAUCCUGUUGGAGCAUUUUCAGCCCAAAUCAGAGCUGCUGCAGAAACCCAGCGAGUACAGCUCUCGGGUCACCGUCAUGAAGCGGCUGGGUGUCAGCAUGGACGAGAGCCAGUGACCCGCUCGCCACGAGAACUCACGCCAUGCAUCGUGGGAAACACGGUCCGAGAGGAAGAACCUUGCGUUUCCCGUUUCUGUCUAGGAACAGCCAAAGAUGAAAAGAACCCUCAGAAUCUCCUGAUCCAAGCUAAACCGUCCGUCUCCCGUUCGAUUGGUUUUAUGCUCACCGAGGGACUCGAACGGUGGCGUUUCGAGUCUGUUGGACCCUUUAUGGACAGUUUUCGCAAAAACAAAACAAAGGUUGAAAUCAUAAAUCACAUUUCCAACCACAACAGCGCUCCAGAGCCCGCAGGAACAUGAACAUGGUGAGCUUGUGUUUAGGGAAUGAAAGCCACCAGUGAUGUAUGGCUGUGGUAGGGCUUAUCAAAAUAGCAAAACACCCGUGAUAGCUUCUAAUGAAGUUUAAUAGCGCGCUGAGAAAGGAGGCUAUUCACGGCUGUUGACGUUUAGAGGAGAGCCAAGAUUCCCAACAGCCCAUCUGUCAGGACUCCAGUCGCGGUUUCUCCCUCCAAGCACCUUUCAGAUGCGUUUGUUUGACCGAAUCUCUGAUUAUUUUUCUCAUCCGAGAUGAUUAAAUGUUGAAAGGCGAGGUGAGUUGACGGAAAAAGCGAUUAAUUUCCAGAAACCACAAAGCCGUUUUGAGAAGGGAUCUGGCAUGAAUGCGUUCAUCCUGGAUCGCUUCACCAAACGUGUUCGUCUGUUGGCCGUUUGCCUGCUGAAUUAACUUCGACUUCAUUUUCUUGUAAAGUAAAAAGCCUCAGAGUGUUACAGUGACGUUAGGGGUGUUUUUACUCCUAAAACCCUGGUAAAGUCACUGCUUCAAAUGGCUUGUUGACUUUAUAAAAUGCUGAUGCGAGUAACAUGGAAAAAUAUGGAAAUGCUCAAUAUAUAGUUACAUUUACUGAUAAUAAAAACAGAAUAAUCAUUAAAUAUGAUCUUUUACAGUACAAUUAAAAAGCUUGGGGUUUGUAUGAUGUUUAAUGCUCACCGAGGCUGUAUUUAUUUGAUCUAAAAUACAGUAAAAAUGGUAAAAUAUUUUUACUAUUUAAAAUAACUGUUUUCUAUUU